AUGAAUGAUGUCAUCCUCAUGCUGGCAAGUCGAACCAACGCGACAAGUUUUACCCAAUGGGUCACAUCCGCCAACCUAUCUGCCAACUGGACAGACAUCUCGCUGGAGGUGAUGGACAGCGAAGGAGAAAUGGCUGGUUCACAAUCAUUUUCCAUUCUUCCCUGUUCAGACCGACCCGCGACCCACAAGUCCUCCAACGUUGGCGCCAUUGUUGGAGGAGUCGUGGGCGGAAUAGCUGCCAUCCUCAUUAUCGCUGUUGCCGCCUGGUACCUCGUACGCCGCAGGAGGAAGCAGAAGACCCAUCGUGGCGACCGAUUCGUCGUUGACAACAACGACUACGAGCCCAGGCCUUUCCACCAGGUGACGAGUACAACUACAACCAUAGCCAACCGCCCUGGGAGCCUGGGCAGGUCAAGUUCAGGCGCAGGUGUCACGCACAGCGUCUCCAACUCCAACUCUGGCGCCUCUGGUGACCAUGACGAUGCUCAAUUAGCCAACAUGAACGCUUUCCAGUCAGCAGCUUCCCGUUCCGCGGGAACGCCUUCCCUCUCGGCGGACGACACCAGCAUCACCAAUCGCAACUCAACCAUGUACAACGGAACAGACGGCUCCACCCACGCACUGGACUCUGGCACGGGCUUGACCACUGUCGAUGGGCUGCUGCCUCCUAUCUAUGAACCUGGUUGGCAGGAGGCGCAAGCCCAGACUGGCGGCGGUGCGAACGAAAAAUCCAACCGACCCGCAGCCAGCCAGCACGUCAGGUAA